AUGUCCAAAGGCGUACCCUUUAUUUCACCGGAGUGGGCUCCUCCGCCCCCGACACUAUCCUCCCAUGACCCAAGCCCCCCUUCCCCAUCGACUACGAUCGCGACGAACCCAUUGUCUAGUACCAAAUCACAUCGUUCAUCUGUACAUACCCUCGAGUCCACUACAUCUACCAUCCUCGAAGACUCUCAGCUUCCGUCUUUGACCACGUUCAGGCUUCUCGCUGCACACAUUGGGGCCGCGUUGACUCUCUUUCUUGCAACGACAGACGCGACCAUCGUGUCAACAUGUCUUCCUACUAUUGCAAGCGACCUCAAGGCAACACAAACUGAAUACACUUGGGUCGGCGUCGCGUAUAUGUUGACACAAACAGCAUGUCAGCCCUUUUAUGGACGUCUAUCCGAUAUCGUUGGACGAAAGGCUAUACUUUUCUCGAGCAUGUUCGUUUUUGCUCUUGGUUCUUUACUUUGCGGGGCUGCACAAAACAUUCUAUGGCUCAUUGUCGCAAGAGGAAUAGCUGGUAUCGGUGGCGGAGGCAUCGUAGCUUCCGUCUGGGUUAUUACAUCCGAAAUAGUCGAGGUCCGCAAUCGUGCCAAGUGGUCUCAAGCGCUAAGCGUGACCUGGAGCUGUUCAGCGGUUGCAGGACCUAUCUUGGGCGGGGUGUUUAGCUGUAAGUCCAGCCAAUUCGAUCACUUCGAUUAUAUUUACGCGUUCGCAAAAUUAGCCGGCGGUGAUGCUACGAACCCACUUAGCUGGAGAUGGGCUUUCUAUCUAAACCUGCCAGUCUGCUUAUUUGGGGCCGUUAUCUUAUUUCUGUCCUUGCACGGUGUCAAGCUACAGUCGCCGUCGCACGCCUCCUUCGGUCAAUUCUUGCGAAAGUUCGACUUUAUAGGGUUAGUAACCCUGGUCGCUGGUACCAGUUGUAUCAUCGUUGGAUUUAGUUUUGGGACUGACAACGGAUGGACGUCACCAUCCACGUUACUUCUCAUUAUCCUGGGAUUGGCCAUACUGGUCAUUGGUGGAGUAUACGAGGUUUUCACUACACGCGAAGCCCUUUUCCCAAAGCAAGUGUUUUGCAAUAGCACUGCCAUCAUCGUUUUCAUCCUAUCGUUCCUGCACAACGUCGCAUUCAAUGCAGGUACCUUCUACUUGGCUCUAUAUUUCCAAGCAGUUACGGGGGCCUCACCAUUAGAAGCUGGCUGGAAACUUCUCCCGUAUUCCCUUGGGUCCUCGUUAGCUUCCAUGCCUGCGGCGUGGUUUAUCGGUUACUGGCAACUUAAGUCCAAGACCACCAGUGGCCAGAACAUGGUGAUUUCUCUUGGCCUCAUCAUUGCCACGGUUGGAUUCGGCCUGAUGACCUUGUUGGACGAGCAUUCGAAACUGUCCACCUAUGUGACGUUUCCUUUACUCGCAGGAAUCGGUCUUGGGAUGCUAUUCCACGCUCCAUAUCAAGUGUUUACGAGAGCUCUCAAACCUUCUGAACUGGCUUCUGCUACAAGUGCUUUCUUUUUAGUUCGGUUCACAGGAGCUACCGUUGGCUUGGCCGUCGCGGGUGCCGUUUUCCAGGACCGAACAACCAGUCGCUUUCCAGCAGAAAUCUCACUCCAUGGCUUAGGGUCUACAAUAGACUUCAGCAGCUUGAAUUCAAUACAGCCAAUGGAAUUGAGAAACCAGGUGCUAAGUAUAGUAGCAUCUUCAAUACAGACUAUCUGGACAGUGUGUACACCAUCGCUAGGAACGGCUGCACUGAUAUCGUUACUCCUGCCGAAACUACCCAUCGACCUAGGUGAGGACGUUGUAACAGAGGAAAAGACCAAUAGAACGGCCCAUUAA